AUGUCUUUCAAUACCUUUAUCCAACAUAUUAAAUCGGAAAAAUACCGUCAACUUGGAUUUUGGAAAUCCAGUGAAAACGGUACCCCAUUAAAUCCUCUUCAUUGGUUCCAGUUUGCCGACGACGCGGCUGUUGUUAGCGGCCAAGAAAAAGAAAACCAAAUGCUCCUUAAUCGCUUUACAAUCUGGUGCCAGUGGGCUCAAAUGAUAAUACGUGUAGACAAAUGUUCAACAUUUGGCAUUAGGAAACAAGUAACCAAAUCCAUUCAAUAUCUCCCAAAACUAUUUAUAAAUAACUGUCUUGUACCUCGUGUUGAACUUGGUAAAUCGUUUCGCUACUUAGGUCGCUAUUUUGAUUUCAACAUGUCCGACGAAGAUCACAAAUCUGAGGUAUAUGACACACUUACUAAUAUCCUGAAUGAAAUUGAUGAUCUACCAUUACAUCCGAAAAACAAAAUUCUCUUAUACAGUCGUUAUGUGCUUUCCAAAAUCUCUUGGCACUUCACUGUUUCUGACAUAGGCAAAACCUGGGUUAACGAUAAACUAGAUAGUAUCGCGUCUACGUAUAUCCGAAAAUGGCUUGAACUUCCUAUUUCGGCAACCAUUAGUAACGUCCUACUUCCCCACAAUAAAUUUGGAUUAAAUAUCAUUCUACCUUCAACCAAAUUCCUUCAAUGCCAAACUGUUUCUCGGAAAGCCCUAAAGUCGUCGCCAAAUGAAGCGAUCAAUUACCUUUGGAAGGAUACUAGCAAUCACAAAAAUGUACAAUAUGACAAAUACAAAAACACCAAGGACGUAUUAAACGCCAUCAGGGAACAACAUGAAGACAAGCUUCAACACUACCUCAUUUCACAAGGCUCAUUUUUCUCCAAUAUCAUUAAACAUUCUACACUCUCAUUCAACUCUAUAUGGUCCUCCGUUCAGAGUAAACUUCCGAAGAAUAUAUUUAACUUCACUAUCCGGUAUAUAAAUAACACUCUCCCGACUCGCAAAAACCUUCUGAAAUGGGGAAUAUCACCAACAUCCGAAUGUUCGUUUUGUUUGAAUCCAGAAUCACUUCUUCACGUCGUCGCUGGAUGCAAGACCUACCUAAAUGAAGGACGUUUCACGUGGCGUCAUGAUUCGGUGCUUAACUUCAUAGCAUCCAUACUUAAAUAUGUGAACCAUUGUAACCUUUAUGCUGACCUUCCUGGCUAUAUCAGUCCAUCUGUUCUCACCGGAGAUGAAUUGCGCCCUGAUCUUUUGAUAACACAUGAAAACAAAUGUAUUUAUAUACUUGAACUUACCGUCGGAUUUGAAUCUAAUCUCCUCACUAAAUGCAACUCGAAAAAGACAAAAAUAUCAAGAUCUAAUUAA